CAAACGAGCGCGCAGCCCCGAGCGGCGUGCAGAUGGCAUCAGUGUGCGUAAAAGCGCGGCGCCGGGUUGCUUCGGCAUCACAGAGGAGACAAAGAUUUUCUAUGACUCCGUAACUCCAGCGAGCAACAAACAGGAGAAAGUCCCAUGCGCAAUUCUCCCCACGGGCUAUGCCUUCCCUUACUCGGGAGGACACAGCUGCGGGGAGCAGGAGGGCGGACGACGGAGGAGCUGAGAGUCGCGGCAGGGAGACGAGAGGGGACGGCCGAGAUCUGGUGUGCGCCCUGGAGAUGGAGCUCACGAACCGCAGCCUGUCAAAUAAGAUGGAUUGCGUCAGCUGCGACGAUCUGCUCAAUCGAAACUGCGCGAACUCCGCAGAGGUGUCAGUGCCGCUGUCACCCAUGGGGAAGCGGGCGACUCACAUGGAGGGAGACGACCUGUGCAGACUGAUAGACAGAAAGUUUCUGAUAGAGGAUAAGAAGCGCCUCUGCGCGCUGGCGCUGGGCACCGCUCUGGUGGGGAUCCUGCUGAUGAUAAUCCACGCCGAAAUAUGCCCCUAUGUUUACGAACCGGGCUCAAAAGUGUCCUUGGUAACCAACUGCUCCAUAAGCCUGUCCACUGGGUGUCUCCUAAUCCUCAUCAUAGCUUUCCAUUAUAAGGACAUCAGGCUGUUCAUCAUUGACCACAAAGAGGUGGACUGGAGAAUAGCUAUAACAAGCCACAGGGUUCUUGUGAUCACCCUGGAGCUGUUGGUCUGUGUCAUCCAUCCAGUAGGGUCGUACUGGGAAGUGGACCUCUACGCCAACUCCUCCUCCGCCGCUCCUCUCUGUAUUUCCAGUCAUCAUGACAAGGCCCUGUUGGACAUGGAGCUGCUGUUGUCCAUGCUCAUGUUCCUGCGCCUGUACCUGGUCCACAGAGCCAUUCUACUGCACAGUAAAGUGCUUCUGAGUGCCUCCUACAGGAGCAUAGGCUCACUUAACAACAUCAACUUCACCUUUCGCUUUGUUCUUAAGGUACUGAUGAACAAACAUCCGGCACGUACACUGCUGGUAUUUAUCCUCCUCUUCUGGCUUACAGCUUCCUGGACGCUGACACUAUGUGAGAGGCGUACCGAGGCACUGGCAACGAGCCGAAUGGACACGGCCCUGUGGCUCAUCGCCAUCACGUUCCUCACUGUGGGUUACGGAGAUGUUGCACCCCAGACCAGCUGUGGCAAGGGGGUGUGCCUCUUUACUGGUGUCAUGGGUGUAGCCUGCACCGCCAUGCUGGUUGCUAUCGUUACUGAGAAGCUGGCACUAAACAAAGGAGAGAAGCACGUGCACUUCUUCAUGAUGGACAGCCAGAUUUCUAAAAGGAUCCGGCAUGCAGCUGCUAAUGUUCUGAGAGAAUGCUGGCUGCUACAUCGUGCAAAUCUGGCGAAGGGCAGACGGGACGAGCACCGAAGACACCAGCGAUGCCUUCUGGAAGCCAUCAGAGUAUUUCGACAUUUACGCCUCAAACAAAGAAAACUGAGAGAUUAUGUCAGUGAGAUGGUGGACCUUCCAAAGAUGCAGAUGAUCAUGUGUGACCUUAGCGCCAACUGGAACAACUCUUAUCGAGAGCUGGAACAGAGGAUCCUCUUCAUGGAGCAGAAGCUAGACGAGCUGACUCGCUGCUUCCAGCAGACAUCGGAGCUGCUGUCUGAGGUCCUACGUCACCGAAACCCAGAGAUCAGGUGACAUGGCUGCAAACACUUUUUACCAAGUGUCUGUAGCAUUUCCUUCUACAUCAUCUAGGAAUCCUGGCCGCCCAGAGGUGCUACAGAACUGUUCCAGAACAGCGUAAACAUCUCAUCCACUGGUUCAGCGCCGCACACGGUGCUCAGUGACUCAAGCUGUAAAAUUACAGAUAGUAGGAUUAUCUGAGAGUGUUUCGGGAAGUCUGCUGUACUGUGUGGCAAAUGUAUUUGUGAUUGUGCACAAAGAACUGAUCUGAAAGAACUGUGGUUUGCAUUAUAAUACCAAAGAUAGUCUAAACUGAGUUUGUAUGAAUAAUUAUUAAUACCUUAUUCCUGUGGAAUUUGAGGUUUUAUAUAUUUUUCUAUUUUUUGAGGUAAUUUCCAUAUAUUCACUUUAGGUUUCAGCAAAACCUCAUAAAUUGUUUUUCUUUACUGUAUUGUUGUUUAAUGGUUAUUCCAAUGAUUUCUGUUUACAAGCACUAAAAUUUUCACACAUUCUC